GUGAAUGUUAGUCAGGGCAAGAAAACAAGAGUUGUUGGUGAGAAAAUGAAGAUAUCAGCAGUAGGAAUUGGGCAUAGAAGGAAAAAAACCCACUUUCUAAUAGGAGCUGCUGGGAGGAUUGGAGUUCAAUGUGCUUUAGAUUGUURCUGUUGCUCCUUCUCACUCUGAUAAAGAGCAAGCAGAGUUUGUGAUGCCCUGUCCGCUGCAGUUCCUCUGCCACCCUGCAGCUGCAGCAUCUCUGAAUGGUUUUGCAAAUAGAGAGGUCAGCUGCCCAGCCUUUUAAAUGCUGGCUACCCCUUUAUUUGCUGCAGUCUUUCUAGCCCUUUAUGGAACAAAGAGCAGACAUACAACCCAAACAGGCAUUCUGCUCUGGAGACUGUCGUGGCAGGGUGUCAGGAAAUGGGAUUUGCAAUGGCGUUACUCUCUGGUAAGGAUUUGGGUAACCAUGGUGGUCCACCACUGUCCUGGAGCCCCAUGGCCUGAUGGAGAGCAUCUGGCUUUGGCAAGUCACACGAAGAUGGUCCAUCUGCCCAUUCCCAGGUAGCCUUUGCUCUGUACUAAUGACUGAACUACAAUGGAGUUCAGUACASAGCAGCAAAACCUCCUGUCUGAAAUCAUCUCAGUGCUGAGAUUUAGAAAUAACAAAUGCAAUGCUCAUUCUCAAAAAGCAUGCCAGAUUAACUCUCCUAAAUGUGAGGGAAACAUGGAACCAUAAAGUUGUUAUCUGAGCAAGAGGGUAGACAGGGGAAGAAAGCAAUGAAUGUGAUACUAAAGAAUGAGCCAGGUUUUGCUUUUGCAAGGACAAGUCCAGUCCUCUAAAACUKGAGAGUUUUGAGGGACAUAGCAAGCUUGUGAAUAAGGCAGGUCUGACUGAUACAGUUUGCUUGGAUUUAAAGAAUUUGACAAGAUUUUCUCAGCUAAGCCUUUAAAAAAGACUGAAGUCAUGGCAUAAAAAAACAAAAAGAAGGAGGUUUUCUUGGGUAAAGAAUUACUAGAAAACAGUAAAUGGAAGAUGGGAAUUAUCACAUUUUUGCAGCAAAGGGAAGUAAUCAGUGGUCAGAUCACAUCCCCUAAUCUGAGAUGUGCACUGUUCAGUAUAUUUCCAAGUGACAUGGGAAUAUGGCUUGCUGAGGUGAGAAAAUUGGAUGAUGGUAAAAAGUUAUUGAGGACAACAGGGUGGGUGUUGCCUGUGAAUAAUUUCAGAAAGACCUUAUGGCAUUGAAUGAGUGGGCAGUAGAACAGCAGAUGAAAUUUCAUAUAGGCUUAUGUAAAACAAUGUUCAUACAGAAAAAUAAUUCAAAAUUUGCAUAUAAAACAAUGACUGUGAACUAAUUGUAACCUCUCUGGUGUGAGACUUUGAUCAUACAAGUCUGUGCAAUUGUUAGCUUAAUUUUUGUUUGUGUUGAACAUCAGAAAUCAUUACUGUCCAUGACUCACCAGCACCUUGAACACCACCAUUCUGUGCCCACCUUUAUUCUUAUCUCCAAAUCAAGAUGCUGGAAUUGGAAGUAUCUCUGAGAGAGACAGAAAAGGUGAUCAGAGGUGUAGAAUAGCUCUGUACAAAGAACACCUUAGUAGGGUUGGAUUCUUCAGCCUGGCAGGGAGCUGAGGAUGGAUACAGAGUUACAGGUCUGUUAUCAGGAGCAGCUUGGAGCGAUGCCAGAAGGAGAAACCAGGAAUCCCUGAUUUUUCUUUCUUUACAGCAACCAGGUGUUAAUAAAAAAAAAGGCAGGGAGCAGCUCAUAUGCAAGUCAAAGGAGGGGGUGUUUCUGUAGCUGAACAAUGGAACUCCAUGCCAAAGGACGCAAAAUUUGUUAUGGAUUUGACCGUUGACUCUACMAGUAGCUGCUAAUAAAGACUUACAAAGUACAAGGACAAAAGAAACUYUAUAAAUAACCUUUCCCUCUGCUCUUCCUUUGACAACUGUUUUGACCUCUGGAUUGCCUAGUCCCACUCUCCUCUCACAGCAGAGCUCUCCCCAAAACUAGCUCAGGUAGCUCAGGGCCUUGUUCAGGUGAGUCCUGACACCUGCCAUGGUGGAGGUUCCCUAGCUGCUCGGGGGACCUGUGGCAAGUGCUGAACCACCCUUGGGGGGCAGCAUGUGUGCAGUUUUUCCUGAUACCUAAUCAGAAUUUCCCUUGCUGCAAGGGAUGCCUGUUGCCUCUUGUCUUUUUGUUUUGUCCCACAAAAAAGAAUCUGACUCAUCAUCUCUAAAUCCCCAUGGCCCCUUUUAGGUAGUCUCAGAUAAGUGUUAAAUCCCUCAUCAAGCAUCUUUUCUGCAAGCUGAAUAAACCCAGCUUCUCCAGGCUCUUCACUGCCUUAGUGGCAUCAUGCUGGAUUCUUUCCAAUUCCUCAGUGCCUUUUCUUUUGCAGCAGCCCAGAUGUGUGUGUUUUUUAAUUAGCUAUUUCAUUUAUCUUCUCCUGUAAAUUUGUUCCUGUGCUAGUGGUGGCCUGGUUCCAUGAGGGAUUUACAAGAUGAGGUUCUAACACCUGUGUUGUACUGAAAGCCAASAACAGUGUAAGAGUAGUCUCUUUGCUGAAAUCUCUUGACCUCUUAAUUAUAUUAAGAAAAUGUUUUAGUGGCUCAAUUACAGUCUGCUGUUCCAUGCUGCAGCCAUUUGGGAGAGCAACCUUGAAGAUACCAGCUGGUGUCUUCUCUAUGGUGAUAUUUCCCUCCYUUACUGGUUUUUAAUUAGAUGGCCCAGAUCAAAGACAUCAGGGCAGCUGUGUGCAUCCUGACCUUUCCUAAAAUGAAAGYAACCAGAAGCAUAAACUCAUCCUGUAAAUUAUAUGAUAUGCGAUUUGUGUCCAUAAAAAAUACUGUCAUGGAUUACACUGCACCCUGUGGCUURUCCUACUGGGGGAUAGUGAGUUACAUGGGAUAAGUGCUCUCUCACCCUUUCUUAUUCUCAUCUGGGUUCUUUGCGGCCUUGUUCUUGCCCUAUUCCCUUGUGUCCAACUGAUGUUCAGUUCCUCAGACAGAUUCUCUCCUCAGGUCAGUUCAUAAGGGGUAGGGAUGCCUACGUUUUGGUUUUCAUCUACCUUGGCUUCAUAUUGACUCAACAUAAUCUAAUAUUUUUUUGACAUCAGGAAUUCUGUUUUGAAAUUUAUGCCCAGAAGUUCGUGCCUUUUCUCCCUUACCUUUAAACAGSGCUUGUUUCCUGUGCCAGACUGACUCUGAUUUAGGUGCAGUCUUUCAGGUGCAGCUUCUAUAUCUUUGUGAAGAAGUUGUUCCUUUAAGCCACAGGUCACGUGCAUUUAAAGUCUCCURGGUUUUAAAUAUCAGUUCUAAGUCAGUACAUCUGGCUCCCUGCAGCUCACUGGACCCYGGCUCACCAUGUGCAUGAAACAGAAGCAUUUCUAAGGAAGCCUGAGGUGCCUGAGUUGCCUUUCUAGCAAUGAAGUUUAGCUUCCCACUCAUCUCUCCUGUACUUCCCUUUGUUGCUGGUUUCUGUCUCAGCCACGAGUUUUUGUCUAGGUCGUAGCUAGCAACCUGUUCAUCUUUUUGCAGGAUUUCCCAGUCUGGUGGUGUGUGGGGAAGUCUGCAGCUGCUGCUACUUGAAAUGAGCAAGGCUCUUGCCGUUCUGCUGCCCACACCACCACUCUUGGUAGCUGAGAUGGCCCCAGGGAAAAGUCAGCUGGAUUGCAUUCUUAGGCCACUGCUCUUAGCUCCCAUUCUUKCACAAGACCUGCAGACCUCAAAACCAGUGUUGUGGACAGGGCAGUCCUGGGCCAUGGCUGGAAACAGCUAGGUAACUGGAGUGGUUACUUUUACUUCUUUGUACCAGGUUGUCAGGUYUGGCCUUAGUAUGCCGUGCUGGGAUCUUGAAUAUCCUCAGCUCAGCUCCCUUGGUGCUGUGUGAGCUCCCUGUAGGUAGCAGCUGUUUUGUCCUGGUCCCUUGCUUGCCUUUCUGGGCAGCUUCAUCGCCACCUCCCACCCUCCCCAUCCCUUUGAGCCACUGCCCGUGUCAGUCCCAUCCCGUGGCAGGAUGGUUUCAGGCUGGCACUGCUGAGCUCAGAGCACUAGCCUGGACCUUGAAGUCUGCAGCUCUGGGUUUGCAAGGAUUCCCCCUUGUGCCGGUGCAGAGCACAUAGGGUAUUUGGGACCACUCACGUUGCUCGUUGGCCUUUUGGGGAAGAAGGGGAACAGAGGAYAUACAGAACUGAGUUUUGUAAGCAUGGCGGGGAGCCGAGAUGUAUGCAUAGAGUCAGCCCUCGUGCAAAAAAGACAGGGACCCAAAAAUAAUAGGGGGGAUGGGGAGGAAAGACACAAAAGGAGAAGCAGAAGUGUGUGCAAAGCAGCUUGGGGCUGGGGAGUGGAUGGCUCAGAGCGCUUCCUGUUCCCAGAGCCGCGCGUGCACGGCUGUGUAGGGGCUCGCACCUGCCUGUGCUCGGCAGUACUGCACAGCGGGCCAGAGAUCAAGGCACUUCUCCGGGAAAAGCUGAUGGAGAGGGUCUGAAUGGACUGACAGUAGACUCCAGGAGACAUACAUGGCCAGCUCCCAAAAGGCGCAGAAACAGCUUGGUGUUGGGUGCUCCAGCACAGACCUCCGACUUCCCCUUUCUUACCAACGCGAACUGAUUUUUUCCUUUGUGUUUUUUGAGUUGCUUUGGUGGCAGCCACUUGGCCACCUCUUCUUUCUCCCUCCACUAUGGUGAGGUGGUUUCACCGUGACCUGAGUGGGCUGGAAGCUGAAGCCUUACUGAAGGGACGAGGUGUCCAUGGGAGCUUCCUGGCCAGACCCAGUCGGAAGAAUCAGGGGGAUUUUUCUCUUUCAGUCCGGGUUGGUGAUCAGGUGACCCACAUUCGCAUCCAGAAUACUGGGGAUUUCUAUGACCUGUAUGGAGGGGAGAAGUUUGCCACCUUGUCUGAACUGGUGGAGUACUACACACAGCAACAGGGCUCGCUGCAGGACAAAGAUGGAACCAUCAUUGACUUGCGAUACCCGCUCAACUGUUCUGACCCCACGACAGAGAGGUGGUACCAUGGGCAUCUGUCAGGCCCUGCAGCUGAGUCACUUCUCCAGGCCAAAGCCACCCCUUGGACCUUCUUGGUGCGGGAGAGCCUCAGCAAACCUGGGGAUUUUGUCUUGUCUGUCCUCACUGACCAGCCUAAACCUGGGUCUGAUGCUCCAGCUGGGGCCACCGGUGCCCCUGGGGCCCGGCUCAAAGUCACGCACAUCAAGAUCAUGUGUGAGAAUGGACGCUACACAGUUGGAGGUGCUGAAAUGUUUGACAGCUUGACAGAUCUGGUGGAGCACUUCAAGAAGAUUGGAAUUGAGGAGAUGUCUGGUUCCUUUGUGUACCUGAAGCAGCCCUACUAUGCUACRAGAGUGAAUGCUGCUGACAUUGAGAACAGAGUGCAGGAACUGAACAAGAAGACAAGUCUGUCUGAGGAGACAUCCAAGGCUGGAUUCUGGGAGGAAUUUGACAGUCUGCAAAAACAGGAAGCCAAGCACCUGUUUGACCGUCAUGAGGGCCAGAGACCUGAAAACAAGAGCAAGAACCGAUACAAGAACAUCUUGCCCUUUGAUCACUCCAGGGUCAUCCUCCAGGGAAGGGACCCAAAUAUACCUGGAUCUGACUACAUCAAUGCCAACUAUGUCAAGAACACCCUGAUCAGCCCAGAUGAGUGCACCAAGACCUACAUUGCCAGUCAGGGCUGCCUGGAUGCCACAGUCAAUGACUUCUGGCAGAUGGUGUGGCAGGAGAACACGCGCAUUAUUGUGAUGACAACRAGGGAGGUAGAGAAAGGCCGGAACAAAUGUGUGCCUUACUGGCCAGAGCUGGGCAGCACGAAGGAGUAUGGUCCCUACCUUGUGGAAAACACUGGAGAGCACGAUGCGRUGGAGUACAAACUCCGGCACCUCUGUGUGUGUCCGAAGGAUAAUAGCAAGGCUGUGCGUGAGAUCUGGCACUACCAGUACCUGAGCUGGCCUGACCACGGCGUACCCAGUGAGCCGGGAGGAGUCCUCAGCUUCCUUGACCAGAUAAAUCAGAAGCARGAGAGCAUCCCCAAUGCAGGGCCUAUUCUGGUCCACUGCAGUGCUGGGAUUGGCCGCACUGGGACUAUCAUCGUCAUUGAUAUGAUAGUGGAAACAAUCUCCACCAAGGGGCUGGACUGUGACAUUGACAUCCAGAAGACCAUCCAGAUGGUGAGAGCCCAGCGAUCUGGGAUGGUGCAGACAGAGGCCCAGUACAAGUUCAUCUACAUGGCCAUCUGCCAGUUCAUAGAGGCAACCAAGAAAAAGCUGGAAGUUAUUCAGUCUCAGAAAGGGAAGCCAAACGAGUGCGAGUAUGGGAACAUUGCCUACCCCCCUGCAGUGAGGAACRUGCACGCCAAGGCUUCACGAAAACCCUCUAAGCAGAAAGAGGAGUCAGCAGUAUAUGAGAACUUGGGGAAAAAGGAAGAGAAGCGGAAACAGCGCUCCUCAGAAAAGAAGCUGAAAGGCUCACUAAAGAAAAAAUAAUCAUAGAUUGCAGGUAGCCCCAUGGGGACACUUCCUGGRUGCAGGACUGGAGCUCACAUCCCAGCUGGCCUGUCUCACAUUUCUUGCUCUUGGACUGGAAUGAAGCCUUCUCUUUCUCUUCUAUGCCAGCUUUCAGAGCCCUGAACAGAGUGCUUUCCAGUCCCUUGGCUGUGCAGGCGAGCARAGUCUCUCACUGCCCCCUCAUUGUCCUUUAGCAGGACAGAGUCACGCCCCUCCUUGCCUUGCUCCCUGAGCACUGGGGCCCAAACUCAYCUCUGCUGUCAGCUUCAGUGGAAUUCUUGAGGAAGACCUAACAUCAYCCCUGGAGCUACAUCUCUGCCAGAGUUUAGCCUGUUUGUGUUCUCUGAAGCCUCAGCUUUUCAACUGUGGAGGUUCUGGCCAUUUUCAGCWCAGCUCCUCUGCAAUUCAUCAGGAAACUUCCUCUUUCCUCAAUACCAGCCUUCUCCCCCUCUGAUCCUUUUACUAUCUCAUCCUUUACCUGGAUGCUGUAAAUAUACCAGAAUUUGAUGUGAUGGCCAUGUUUUCUUCUUUGUUUGUACAUAAACUUGUAUUUGUUUGA